AUGGAUAGACCAAAGGCAGAAAUCGGUCGACUAUUUCGCUGGUUCGAUUCCAAUCUGUUCAUGGAAUUUUUGGCCAUGCAUCUGGUUCAACCACCAACUCUGAUGAGUUAUGGUUGCCUCAAAAUGCUUCGAGCCUCACUGGAAGAGUUCAUCCAAUACGAUCGUCGUUUUCUGUCCAUGGAUGAGCGUAAUCUGAGCGACAGUCUUACACAAAUCACCGUGGACAUGCAACGUAAACUGGGCAACAAUUCGGAUUGUAUUCCGGAUUCACAUUUCCUCAACUGCGCCCAAAUUCGGGCUCUGUUCAAUGCGGAACGUUCUGCGCUGUGGCUUCACAAUUGUCAACAAUAUCUGACAGACGAUACCACACCGACUUUCAUUUGUUUGCCCGCAUUCGAUUGUGUGCUCAAAUGUUUGACUUUGGCGCAUCAACUACCACAAUUUUCACAAGCCGUUCAGUGUACGGAGAGCACACAACAGCAGAAUGCAUCCCCCAUGGGAUCGGUUGGAUCAUUCUCGUUGUUUGGAGACAAAGGGAACACGUGUAAUUUGGCAGUGGAUCCGACCGCAUUGUUUUCCGCGGUUCAAGCAGCAAUCAACUACAUUCAUCGAUUUGAAGUAGUACUGGACGAUCGAAAACAACCGGUCACCACGACCGGCGAUCACUUACGCCUUGGCUGUCUGAGACCGUAUUCUCCAAGACGUACAAAGAAUACGGCUGGUUCCACCGGACGCUACCCUCCUCUAGCCACUUUCCUUAUUCACAUAGUGACCAAUACAGAGCCGGUUUUAUUUUAUUAUUUACCUCCUAUUCCGAACGUGGCAAGACCGGAUCCAGCAACCCGGUACGCAGCGGGGCAAUUACUCUCCCCGAUGCUACUGUCUGUUGUCACNGUUGUCACUUGGCCACUUGCUUUGUUACCACCAUCCGCGACGGAAUCGCUGACCGUCUAUCCAGACAAAUAUGAACCACGAGUGUUGGCAGUUCGACGAUUACUACGUUUGAUUGCGGCCAUCGUUCACGCCUUACCGUUGGCAAACGAACAGCUCAGUGUUGGCAAAUCAACCGAUCCAAACAGUUUCCUCAGUCUGGUCGACCGAGCUCGAUGGGAUCUGACCGGGACUGUAAAUUCUUAUUUUGCUCAAUUGGAGAAAGUUUUGCACCAGUUACAUGACGCUUGCAGUCCCAUCAAAUUGUGCCAAUCCACCUCUUGGUGGUGGUUCCGAGCCAUGUGUGAGCAUUUACCCCGUAUGAUGCAAAUCGCCCCACAUGCGAAUCCGGUCGGUCUGAUACGUCUUCUGUUGGACGAAGCAACUCACGCAAACGAGCGUCGAUCCAGUGUCAUAAAGAAACCGGAUCCACGAACCAGACCAGUAAACCGACGGGCCCGUUUUCGGUGGAAACGUGCGAUUGAUUAUGCCCGGGGGAUUGCGGCAGCCCGAAUCGCGUCCAGACCGUCCAGUAAUACGUUUGCCUAUCGAUGGCCCACAGUCAGUGCAUUGUUACGUGCCAAGUCGGUGUCCGAAUCGUCGUCCCAGCCGGAUUUGAAUCCACGUGAGACGACUAAAUCGGAGAGUAGCAAUCGGACUCGAUUGUCCAGUUACAGUCAGAUGUUAGAUGAGGAAGAUUCAUUGCUCGAUGCAACGGUAGACAACGAUCAGAAACAGUCUGCAUUUGAUCAGAUGACUGAUGAUGAACCGGACUUGCUGAUCGAACCAGCGGAUCCAGACACUUCCUCAUCUGAGGAACAACUGAUCGAGUUCGAACGUGAGAGCCGAAAACAUCGCGCUAGUUGUUGUAAGUUCUCAGUUGAUUGA